AAAAUGUCCAAUCUGGCAACCCCACCUCAUAUAAGCGAGGAAAGUUUGACAAGUGAGCCUCAGUUUCUCUGAAGUCCAACCGAGUCGGAGUUUAGGAAGUUGCCGGAGAAAGUCCAUCAGGGCUCGGCUCUCCUUUCCUCUCCCUGUCCAUUCAGCAGAAACACGCCCCAAGAUGGGUGACUGGAGCGCAUUGGGCCGGCUCCUGGACAAGGUGCAGGCAUACUCGACAGCUGGAGGCAAGGUCUGGCUCUCUGUCCUCUUCAUCUUCCGCAUUUUGGUGUUAGGCACAGCUGUGGAGUCGGCGUGGGGUGACGAGCAAUCUGCAUUCAAGUGUAACACUCAGCAACCAGGUUGCGAGAAUGUGUGCUACGACAAGUCUUUCCCCAUUUCGCACGUCCGCUUCUGGGUGCUGCAGAUCAUCUUUGUGUCAACACCAACGCUCCUGUACCUGGCACAUGUCUUCUACCUGAUGCGCAAAGAGCAGAAGUUGAACCGGCAGGAGGAGGAACUGCGUGCCGUCCAGAACGAUGGUGCUGACGUAGACGGGCCGCUGAAACGUAUUGAGCUGAAGAAGUUCAAGCAUGGUCUGGAGGAGCAUGGCAAGGUAAAGAUGAAGGGUGCCCUGUUGCGCACCUACGUCGUCAGCAUCCUCUUCAAGUCUCUUUUCGAAAUUGGUUUCCUGCUCAUCCAGUGGUACAUCUACGGCUUCAGUUUGUCUGCUGUGUACACCUGCGAGCGUUCUCCAUGCCCACAUCGUGUCGAUUGCUUCUUGUCGCGUCCCACCGAGAAGACGGUGUUCAUCAUCUUCAUGCUGGUGGUGUCGCUUGUCUCCCUGGUACUCAACGGCGCUGAGCUCUUCUAUGUUUUCUUCAAGCGUAUCAAGGACCGGGUCAAGGGAAAACAGGGUCAGUUUCAGUCCAAUACCUUACCCCACCCUCCCAAGGACCUGCCAGGCACCAAGUAUGCCUACUACAACGGAUGCUCAUCACCCACAGCACCAAUGUCUCCCAUGUCACCGCCGGGCUACAAGCUAGCCACAGGCGAGAGGACCAACUCUUGCCGCAACUACAACAAGCAGGCAAGCGAACAAAACUGGGCUAACUACAGCACCGAGCGUCAGCGCUUGGGCCACAACGGCAGUACCAUCUCCAACUCGCACGCACAUGCCUUCGACUACCCCGAUGAUGGUCACGAGCACAAGAGGGCGCCGUUGAGCGGCGAGCUGCAGCCAUUGGCGCUCACCGAGGCGAGACCGGUUAGCCGCGCGAGCAGCCACGUGAGCAGCCGAGCCAGGCCUGACGACCUGGAUGUCUAAAAGCUGCUCUAACCCAUGCCAUGCUUGCGUUGUGCCAGUCUGUUAAAGAAAUGGACAUAAGGUGCAGAGACUGAGAGAAGAAUAUCGUCUCCUGCACCCGGGGAAAGGACACUCUCCAGUGUCCUGUCCUCGCUCUAGACUCUAGAUGCAGAGACAUAAAAAUUACUCACACUGCUGGAGGUACUAUGUGUUAAUUAACGUCAAUGUCGAAGACUAGCGGCGCUAACAUGCCUUUAACAGCUGUAUGGUGACAGGGGUGAGAAGCCAAUGAGCAUAUUCCAUUCACUUCCUGCAAAUCCCCAAUCCCAAUCCGCCCCCCGCCCCCCACCCCCCGGAUGAAUAUAGCUUGGUCAUGUGAUCGAUUGUUUUCAUUGAUUCAGCCUGUAGGCACAUUUCAUUACUGAAAUAAAACAAAAAAAAUACUAUAAUUCCAUAAUUUUACAACAUUCCCUCCACCCUCCUCAUCUCUAUGACCUCGACACUGUCUAGUCAAAUGUGUGUAGAUUCCUAGUGCUGAAGUUCAUGAAUUUAUAUUUAUUUAUUCAUAAAGAGUACAGGACAUCCACCACUCAGAGACUGACUACUACUCAAGGUCAUAUCCAUCUGAAUAAUAAUUUCACACAAAAUUAAGAGCAAUAACAAAUCAUUAGAGCCAACUGCAUAUUUAUUGACAAUAAUCCAAAUUUUGGCAAUACAUUUAUUAACAAAAGGUCGCUUUUAUUAAUCGUAGUGGACUGUCGUUUUCCUGAUAAACUUUGAAUAUAUGUGGUGUUAGUUUUGAUUCUUUUGGUGUUUGUUCUAAUGGUGUGGGGCAGAAGAUCUGUUUAUUUUUUCCAUUUUUAUUUUCCAAAAAAAAAAAAAAAACAACUUUGAGAGUAAGGGUUUAUAUGAUCUCCCUGUUUUUUUUUUUUACAUUUUUUUGAUCAAAAAAAAAAAAAUAAUAAAAAUAAAAUAAUGCCACUUUUCCUUUAUUUCUCUUGAUGAAUCGAAAAGGAAAGUUAGUUCUGUGUUCUUCCCAUGUAGUGAGUGUUUUUUUUCUUCUGUUUUUGUUUUAAAUCAGUGUAAUCGUGCUGCUUGAGAGAUAGCGUUUUAGUACUGUAAAUCAAGCUAACUGUCACAAAUGUGAGUUUUUAGAAGACUGCUUGUUAGAGCUGGACUAAUAUUUAGUCAUUUAAAUGAAUACGAGAUAUAUGCCAAUGUAGCUCCACAAUUACCAAACACUAGUAGAUUAAAUUUAAUCUCGGAACCUUUUUUAAGGUUUUGAUUCGCAAACUUUACAUCACAGCAUAACGGUACUCAAAGGUUCUUGGAUUUUUUUUCUUUUUUUCUUUUUUUUAUUAUUGUUUUCAGCUACAACGGUAUUUGCACUGAGACUUUGGCAAAGAUGUUGUAUGAUGCAAAAGUGGCAACAUGUUCUCUCUGUUAUGCAUGUGACUAAUUUAUUUGAGCACACACCAGGCCAACAAUCAUGAUAUUAACAGAUAAAUAACAGAUUUCACGUGAAACCCAUUGUAUAGGUUCGGACCUUGAAGGCCCUGAACCGAGAUGUUUCAUAUCCACUGAAGGAGGCGAAAUACAGUUUUAUGUUUGUUUGAUGAAGAGCGUUGAGAAAAUGUCCUUCCUUAAGAAUCCACUGUUGUACAGUGUGCAAAUGCAUGAUAACAAAAAGAAGUCAUUAAUCAAAUCUGUGAAAAAAUGGCUAUUUUAACCAAUAAAGAUUUUUCUUUGUUAUA